AUGAGCAUAGAGGUGCACGUACGCAUCCGGCCACACGUGCCAAACGGCGUGUGGUCGAGCGCGGAGACAGUGUUGUACAGCACGCACAACCCCAACACACGCUACGUGUACAACAAGGUGCACCACAUCGGCACUACCAACCACGCCAUCUUCCAGGGCAUCGAGGCUCUCGUGCACGCUGGCUUUGACGGCAAGAACGUGACGGUCAUGGCGUACGGACAGACAGGGAGCGGCAAGACGCACAGCAUGAACGGCACCGACACCGACCCCGGCGUCGUGCCACGUACCGCCAAGUUGCUGCUGGACCUCCGCAAAAACUUCCCCGGUACGCAUAUCGUUGCGUACUUUACGGAGAUCUACAACGAGUCAGUGAAGGAUCUCCUCGAACCGCAGCGGGGGGAACUCGCGCUGCACGACGCUCCUGACGGCGGCAUAUACUUCGAUAAGAAGUCGGUGCCCAUCGAGACACUUGAAGACUUUGUGAAGCUGCAAAGCGUGGCGGAACGGAACCGUAAGUAUGGCGUGACAAACCUCAACGACCACAGCAGCCGCUCGCACAUGAUUCUCACAUUUGAGAUCAACAGAGGUAAUCGACAGGUGAGCACAAUCAACCUGGUCGAUCUUGCCGGCUCCGAGUCCGCGUCACGCGCGAACACGGAUGGCGUUUUGCUGCGUGAGGGUGGCUUCAUCAACAAGAGUCUCUUGACGCUUGGUAAUGUGGUGGAUGCGAUUGUGGAGAAACGGCCGUACGUGCCGUACCGUGACGCAAAGCUCACCCGCAUAUUGCGCAACUGCCUUGGCGGAUCUGGUAUGACGUUUAUUCUUUGCUGCGUCAACCCAUCCCACGAGAACUUUGAGCAGACAGUCGCUAGUCUGCGGUUCACGCAGCGUGCGAUGAAGAUUAAGAACGAUCCUGUCAUGGUGCUCAACAUGCCGCCGCUCUUCACCCAUCAAUACGGGAUGGGCGCCGAGGAACUCGUGUGUGGCUUCCGCGAUUUGUGCGAUGCGCACUAUCAACGUGGCUUGCGUGACGCUUUCAUGUAUACUGGCAAUACUAUGUCCUCUGUUGUGAGCCACUUUGAUGGGCAGAUAUCGGACUCGCUUCAUGCCAUGGCAAAUGCCCAGCGCCUCCUCAUUGCGCACGACCACGCUAUGGCCGUCGAUCAAGUUGGCCGCCUGUACAACCAGCUUCAUGAGCUCUCGCGCCAGCGGCUUCAGAGCAAAGAUAUUGAAGAGCACGAACGCAAGCGACAGCGCGACACCGCAGGGGAGAUAGACGCGCGAAAGGAAAAGAUCGCCCGCUUGGAGGCGGAGGUGAAGGAGAAGAACGCCGACGCUGACACGGAGCUGGCCGGCUGGGAGUACCAGCUCUACGAGGCCCGACAGCGGCGCUUGACGCCGCUGGAACUGCUGCUCACCACGGAGAAGGCUCGGCGGUGCCGUGUGCAGUACGAGUGGGCCGUCUGCAUGGAGCGCAUUUCGGCGCGGUGUGUGCCGGCGAUCAAGGCGCUGGGCCCCGCCACGCCGCCGGUCGCUGACAAACACGCCGUGGUGCAACAGAUGCGGCAGCGCCUGCAGCAGGCACGGCAGGAGUUGGCUGACCUCACCGUGGCGCACGACAUGAUCAAGGAUGACCUCCCGGAGCUGCAGCGGGAGGUGGAGGAGAGCUCGGCCGUGUGUGCAACUUCUUCAUCCACCGCGUCACUGUCGCCCCAGCCACGGCCCAACGACAUGAUCAUUGAUGCAGAUGCAACAAAUGCGGAGAUAGAAGAGCGUAUUCAUCAAUUGGAAGUAGAGGAGAAGGCGCUGAUGACGCGGGCUGUGCACGUUGCUCGAUGCGAGAGCACGCGGCGUCUUCGAGAGUCGCUGGGGCAGCCGCGCUCCCGCACCCCACCUACCUGCCGCUCGGCAGUGUGCCACGUCCGCACCCCACCGCCUUCACAACCGAAGCAGCAAGGGAAAGCAGACGCGUCACCCGCUAAUGCCCGCGGUGGCACUGGCUGCUACGCAAGUCCGGUGCAACAGCGCAGCCCGACACCACGCACCGCACGCACCAUCUUCCCCACAUCUGAGGUGAGCCCCGAAGUAGACACAUUCCUCUCCCGCAGUAACAAAGCCGUAUCACCAUGUGAAGACGAGCAGUUGGCAGACGGCGUGCGCAGGGCUCUAGGGGUUUUACGCGAUGUGCGGAGUAAACUGAUGCGCCCAGUGCAGGGACGACGGCGAAGGGUUGACGCUGCUGCCUCCAUCCCUGAUUCUGGGAGAGCCUCACCUGCACCAGAAACUGCACGCUCGGGCUCGCGCCACUGCCGCCGCACGGUGUCGCACACUCCACAGGAUGACGACAUGACACUGGCAGAGGUGUACAUGCGCAAGGACGACGUGAGGGACGAAGAGCCAGUCGUCGGCAUUGCGGCCAGACGGCGUAUGGAGGGUGCCCCUGUACGGCCAAACGUUGAGCGCGCGCUGUGGCGCUUAUCACUGUCACCGGCCGGCACCCCAUUGCAAGUGGCAGGGCGUAGCCGUUCUCGCCGCCGCUAA